CUAACUGCUGCGUUGCGGUAUUUCAUACAUAAUUUGCCUGCUGGCAACUCGCGAUUGGAUACUCGCUACAAAUACCAUCUAUUUGACCGUUUUCUAACAAGACCCGCAUUCUUCUGGCGUUGCUUCGAAAUUCUACUACUUUCCUCCUGGUAGUCCAGUUUUCAAUGGCAUCCGACCCUCAACUAAUUUAGCUACGGCUUGACUUCAGCUGCCAACCCACUGACUAUCUGAAUAUGCUAUUGGUGGUGUGGAUCCUCAAACAACUGUGAUUUUAUGGCAGGAAAGCAGCCCAACAGUAGGAAAAUGUGUGUGUUUUCCCCAUUACAGUGGAUGCCUGUGCAAAAUGCCGAAGGACCCCAUUUACGAAACCAUUCUGGAAUGUGUAUCGGAGAUUGCUUGUACGUUCAUGGUGGAGUUGCUUCCAAUGACACAUCUGGACGUGAUGUUUCAAAUGGUCUCUACCGAAUCCGGAUAUCACCAUCUGUGGGAGAAUGGGUCGAUUUGACCUCAGGUGACUCGCCAAGUUUGAGCCAGCACGCGUGUUUUGGAAUUCUUGAUCGAUACAUUGCCUUUGUAGGUGGUUGGAAUGGCCAAGCGCGAAUUCCCGGUGUACAUACAUACGAUACAGCGAGCAACAGGUGGCUACCUGCCGCACUUUCCGAGCCCCUUCUCAAAGGUUUUCCAUCCGGAGCUGGUCUCUCAGCCCAUACGGUCAUAGCUAUGAAACCGAGUGGUCCGAAAAAUCUGCCCACCGCCCUCAUCAUAGGAAGGGAAGGUUCGUUAAGAACGCAGCGAAAAGCGGGAAAUGUUUAUUUACUCUACAGUGAGUUAGCUAGGUCAAUGUUUACUCCUGCAGUGCAAUAA